CGCCCGGCGGCGGCGCGAACGGCCGCGAGGAGGGUGGCUCUGGACUGGGAGCUCACCGCGACUUCCCGCGUAGGGCCUGGCCAGACAAGGACCAGCGGCCUCAGCGGCGCUGGAGGAUGCUGCCGCGGCCCUGGGCGGCGGCAGCCGGCAGCCUGGCGCCCUACAGGUCAGCAGCUGAGUAGCUGGGGCCCCGGAGGGCUUGAAGCCUUCACAGUGAUGUCGGAGAAGCGGCCACUGGGCACCUUGGGGCCUGUGAUGUAUGGCAAGCUGCCCCGCCUAGAGGCCGACUCUGGGCCUGGGCACAACUUGCCCCCCUCUGCUGGUAACCAGGACCCCUGCAGCUACAAGGGUGCCUACUUCUCCUGCCCCAUGGGGAGUGCUCCCAAAGUAGGGUCUGAGCGGUUGGCAUCCUGGACCCCGUACCCACCCUUGUAUCCUACCAGCGUGGCAGGACCCCCACUUCGGGGAGACAACCUGUUGACUGGCUGCCUGCUCUACCGUCCACCAGCAGAGAGCUCUGAGAAGGUGCGGGACCCUGGUCCUGUCGAACUCCUGCCGUUCACUCCCCAGGCUCAGUCCUACUCAGGCCCGCCGCUGGCUGCACCCAAACCUGUGUAUCGCAGCCCUCUGUGUUACGGGCUCUCAGCCUGCCUGGGGGAAGGGGCAGCGAAGAGGUCACUGGAUGUUGAUUGGACAAUGGUAACUGGGCCCCUAAUACCCCCAGCCGACCCACCUUGUUCUCUGACCCUGGCCCCUGGCAAGGGCCAGUCCCUGGAUGGCACCUUCUUGCGUGGGGUGCCAGCUGGGGGAUCUGGCAGAGACUCCUCAGGGAGCUUCUCCCCGUGCCAAGCAUCAGGGAGCUUCUCCCCAUGCCAGACAUUCCUGGACAAGUAUCGGACCAUCCACAGCGCAGGCUUCUUGGCCUCCAAGUACACAGGUCCUUACUCUGGGGACCCCAAGCAGGCAUUGUCCGAGGGACCCCCCAGUCCUUGGACCCAGCUGGCUCAACCCCUAGGGCCAACCUACCAGGAUACAGUACCGUCCCACUACCCACUGCCCCACCCUCCACAGGCCCUGUCUUGCCCUCCAGCCUGUCGCCAUCCAGAGAAGCAGAGCAACUACAGUUCAGUUCCCCCACUGCAGCCUCUGGGAGCCCACAAAGGGGUUGGGUACCCAGCUGGUGGGCUGAACAGCCCCUUCCUGAGGCAGCAGGCAGCCCAGACACACUGUAUGCCCCCAGUGGGCCUGGACACUUAUUCCUAUUCCCCUGCUCCCCUCCCAGCACCCUCACCAAGCCUCAAGCUGGAGCCACCUAUCACUCCACGGUGCCCACUGGACUUUGCCCCCCAGACUCUGGGCUUUCCUUAUGCCAGGGAGGACAUCUCUCUCUGUGGAGCAUCCCCGGGGCUCGGAGGGUCACCGCCUUCCCAGAACAGUGUACAGGCUGUGCCGCAGCCCGGUGCCUUCCAGCGGGCGUGCCAGCCUGUGCCAGCCAGUCAGCCAUGCCCAGAGCCUGUGAGGCCUGCAGAGAAGCUGGUGCGGGAAGCGGAAGACGCGGUGUGGCUGCCUAGCUGCAGGAAAGAGAAACUCCAGCCCCAGCUCACUGAGCACCCUGGGGCACCCAUUGUUAUCACGGACAGUCCAGUUCCCCGAACCCCCCCGGCGCUCCCCCCCUGUGCGCAAGCGCGCCGGGCUCUUCCCCGGAACGAGGCUGCGUUGCCCUCAGGCUCUCCGCCCAUGCCUAUUAUUGACAACGUCUUCAGCCUGGCCCCCUACCGUGACUAUCUGGAUGUGCAGGCGCCAGAGGCCCCAGCUGAGCCUGACCCACCCCCAGCUCCCAAGAACAGCCAUGACAAAGACUCCAGGGGGACCCCUCCCACCCAGGAGGCCCCUUCGAGGGUGCACUGCUCACUUAGGGAGGAGGUGGCACUGGACUUGAGUGUGAAGAAGUCUGUGGCAGAGUCUCCUACCAAGGUUCCUAGUCCUGCAGUGCACACCAAGCCCCCUGCAGCCAUGGAUGCGCCACCCCUGGGGAGCACAGUCUCUGAGGUGCCAGUGACCACAGAAGCCACUCCAAAGACCAACUUCCACAGCUCCGUGGCCUUCAUGUUCCGAAAAUUCAAGAUCCUCCGGCCCGCACCCCUGCCUGCAGCUGUGGUCCCAUCCGUGCCCACCUCAGCCCCUGCCUCCACCCAGCCUUCGCCCACCCCUACAUCUGUGCCCAUCGGACUGCAGCUUCUCACCCAGCCCUUGCCCAUGGCCUGCUUCGACCUGGCGCUGCCCAGUCCUCCAGCUGUGGCUGUGGCAGCCACAGGCCAGACGUCUGCUCCAUCGCCUUCUCCACCUCAGGCUCCGACCCCAGCUUCUGCCCCUGCCACAGUGGACUCCCCAGAGCAGCACUUUGCAGGACUGCAUGAGUCCCUAUGUGACGCCAUCUCGGGCUCGGUGGCCCACUCCCCGCCUGAGAAGCUGCGUGAGUGGCUUGAGAUGGCCGGGCCUUGGGGCCAGGCAGCGUGGCAGGACUGCCAGGGUGUGCAGGGGCUGCUGGGCAAGCUGCUGUCCCAGCUGCAGCGCUUUGUGUGCACACAGCAGUGUCCCUUCCCCCACGUGGUGCGGGCUGGUGCCAUCUUUGUCCCCAUCCACCUGGUGAAGGAGCGGCUCUUCCCAAGGCUGCCCCCUGCAUCCGUGGACCUGGUGCUGCAGGAGCACCGCGUGGAGCUCCGGCCCACCACACUGUCCGAGGAGCGGGCGCUGCGGGAGCGGGCGCUGCGGGGAUGCACCUCACGCAUGCUGAAAUUGCUGGCACUGCGCCAGCUGCCUGACAUCUACCCUGACCUGCUAGGCCUGCAGUGGCGGGAUUGUGUACGCCGCCAGCUGGGUGACUUAGAGGCUGAGGCUGGAUCUGUGCCCUCCUCCUCAGAACCCACCAUGGCUAGAAAUGAGCCAGAGAGCCUAGCCCUGGCCCAGAAGUCUUCCGUCUCCAAAGCCAAGAAGCCCAAGAGGAAGCCACCAACCCCUGGUCAGGAGAAAGCAGAGGCGACUGCUGGGGGAGGGUCCCGCGGUUCCUCACCUGUUCCUGCUCCCAGCACCAAUCCAUCCAGCUCCACACUGAGGGCCCGCUUUCGCAGUCUGCUGGAAACCGCCUGGCUCAAUGGCCUGGCACUGCCCACUUGGGGCCACAAGACCUCAGGACCAGCCCAGCCAGCGCCCCACGCACAGCUUUUGGGCAACAGGAGCCAUUACCUAUAGUGAUGGUUGAUGGUGGCUGGUGCUGUUUGGACAGCUGCUGUUUGGGGAUCACUUUCUGUACCCCCUCCCUUCCACCUGCACAGCUGUCCAGGGCCAGGAGUGGACAUGCCCGAAGAGUUUCUCUGGCUCUCACCUGCGCGCGCCCCCCACCCCCCGCUGACAUGACAGUCCCUCAGCUUUUAACUUGAGGCUUGCUCUUAGAAAGGACUAUUUCCUGUUUCUUCUUGGAGAAGAUGUGGGUUUUAGAGCCCACCUUACUUGGGCUUGGAUCCUGGCUCCUGUUUCUUGCUGUGUAACCUGGCAAGCUACUUCCUCUCUUGAGCCCUCAGUUCCCCAUUUGUAAAACAGGACAACACAGCCUACCUCACAGGGUUGUUGUGGGGGUGAUGCCUGACACACACCCAUCACGGUUUUCUCUCUGCUCCCUCCCUAGGACGGGCCCAGACCCCAGGCAGAACCUUCCUCCAGUGGGACUUGGUUAUCUUGGAGUGGUACAGUAGACAGUGUAUAUGACGCCCACACUUUCUAGAGUCACCCCAGGGUUUGGCCUGUAGCUCCCUGAGGGAGCCUGCCCCUCCCCUCCCUUGCUACAGGGGUGCAGGGAUAUGGCCUGGGGCUGGCAUCUUUGUUCUGGGCCUGCUGCUCUGAGGAGGUCCCAGGCCUGUCCUGAAUUGACACUAGUGACUUCCCUGAGUUGCCAACCCCACCUGGUGUGUUAUCCCAAGAAAGCUGUGUGUUUGCUGGAAGCCAGGCAGCUGCAGGGACUGGAAGGGACAGGCUGAAUGAUGACAGCUCAGUUCUGGGAGGUCUCCAAAGAUGUGGACUGAGGAUGUCGCUGCUGUCCGAGCUGGAGCACCACCAGCCUGCUGUAGGUCACCUCCUUACAGUGCUAAACUGAGCCCAGAGGCUGGCAAGCUGGGCUCGUGGCCUCAUUGACGUUUGUAAUAAGGGUGUGGGCCCUGGAGAGGGGCCAUUAAACAUUAAAGCAUUUGGGUUGA